AUGGAUUCUAAGAGUUUCGUUUCGAUUGAAGAAUCCAACAUUUUACAAAAUAUUCAAUGUAAUAAUGGAAUAACUGUUUUUAUCCCGCAAGGGUACUCUCCUAUUCUUAUUCAUGAAGAUGACACAAAACAACUAAAAAUAAUUAAAGAAUUUCCAGAAUUAAGGAUAUGUGUUCCAGCAUUGAUUUUUAACCCUUCAAUUAAAUGUCCGCAGAAUUCUUUUUUAUUAUUUCGUAAUGAAAUAAAAGAUGAAAUAAUUAAAGAUAAUCCAAAAAUAGACACUCGUCAAAUUUCAAAAAUUGCAGGGAAUAAAUGGAAUAAAUUGCCAGAAUAUGAAAAAUCAAGAUAUAAACUACAGUCUGAAAGGCUAAAAAUGCAAUACAAAUCCAAAAACUUAAAAUGUAAAUAUAAAACAAGAAAACAAAAUUUACUUAAAAGUCUUUCAAUACUUUUUCGAACAAUUGUUUCCUAG